CCUUUUUCAUUUCCCCCUUGUUUUGCGGCUCUUCUCCGUUAAACCGCGAUCUCUUGAUCGCCAUCCUCCAUUCGGCGUUGAUCGGGUCCCCUAUGGCCGUGAUCUACAGGGCCGCCGUCCGAUGCCUCUUCCGGCGGCUACCCGCCGCUCCCCGGCCGCGGUUCUAUGGUGCAGCGGCGGCGCAGCUGGAGUAUGACUAUGAGAGUGAGUGGGAGGAAGAGCUGGCUGCGGAUCGGAGGCGGCUGGCGCCUGCGACGGCAUCGUGGGAGGAGGAGGAGGGGAGGGGCGUGCGUUGGGUCUUCAUGGGCAGCCCUGCCGCGCAGAAGCACGUUUACGCUACUCGUGUGGCCGCGUUGCUUGAUGUUCCGUAUAUCUCCAUGGGUUCCCUUGUCCGCCAAGAGCUUCAUCCCCGCUCCGUGCUUUACAAGAAGAUUGCGAAUGCAGUGAAUGGAGGGAAGCUCGUCCCGGAAGACAUAAUCUUUGGGUUGUUAUCAAAACGGCUGGAAGAGGGUUACCACAGAGGUGAAACUGGGUUCAUUCUUGAUGGGAUUCCAAGAACUCGGAUCCAAGCUGAGAUCCUGGAUCAGAUUAUGGAUAUUGACCUGGUGGUUAAUUUCAAGUGUAUGGAGGACUGCUUGGUGAAGAAGCACUUUGGGAGUGAUGUCUGUUCGUACUGUGGCAAAUCUUUUGAUGCGAAUAGUCUGGAAUCUACAAGCCUCCAUCCAUGUCUGGCAACACGAACAGGGCAUUCUCGGUUGGAUACCUCUGCCACCAAUGUCAUGAAGGAAAGCCAUUUGGAAAAGUUCCGCAUGUAUUCAGAACAGCAGAGCAAGCUGCUGGAAGAGUACUACAGGAAGCAGAACAAGCUUCUGGACUUUCAGAUGGCUGGUGGUCCUGGAGAAACCUGGCAAGGACUCUUGGCUGCAUUACAUCUCCAGCACAUUAAUGCAGUUAAUGCGUCACAGAAAUUGACUGCUUGAUUAACCGUCCAAACCACCCGAGAUUUUGUUUCCUGUUUCCUUAUAAGUUUUUGUAAAAGAAAAUCCACAGGGCUUAACAAAUUAUAUUGGCCUGUGGCAGCGGGGUGGUUUUUAUGAGUGCCAUUUAAACCAUAAGCAAUUUUGUUGACAACGUUUGUUAUUAACAUAAUGAGAUAAUUUUCCUGUUUCUCUUUUAGCAA